UUCCCUGCACCUUUGGCCUCGCCGUUUCUCGACCAGUUAAGCCAGUUUCUCUUACAAAAUCUUCUUUUAAGUUGGUUGUCUUCUUCGUCAUUUUUAAUAUUUAUUUUUGAUAGAACCCUGAAUCUUUUUUUUUUUUGGCUUUGAGUAAUCGGCAAGCUUUCGAGUAUUUCAUUUUUUUUUCCUGAAAUUUUCAUGUCUCGAAGUUUUUGAAAUUUUUGACCGUUGGGGGAAUGGGAUGAAGAUCGACUGGAAACGAGUUUCAAAAGGGCUUGUUGAAGGUUUGUGCUUGUAGACGUUUGUAUCUUGAAGACAACAGGAUGCGCAAGCUCUUUUGCGCAGUAGAGGAACCAACUCAAUCUGGUGCCUUCCUUAUUAUUGGUCUUUUUUAAUCUGCUUGAUGGGGAUAGUUCAAAUGAAUAAUAACAGUCCUGUGGCCAAUGGGUUGGUUGAAUUGAAUACACAUAUUCAUGAUGAGCACAAGAAAAUAAGGGGUAGGGUCAUGGGUGAGGAGCAGAGCCUCUCAGUGGAAGACGAGUCAUGGAUUAAUGAGGAUGCGGAAGACAGGAAUGAUGGGAAGACAGAGUUGGUUCAAGUUCAGGUCCCUGUGCAGGGCGUGCAACAGACGUCACAGCAACAGCCUCAAGGUCCUUUGGUUCGCUGGGAGAGGUUUUUACCUCUAAGGUCUUUGAAGGUUCUACUGGUGGAAAACGAUGACUCAACUCGCCAUGUUGUCUGUGCAUUGCUGCGAAAUUGUGGAUUUGAAGUUACUGCUGUGUCAAAUGGACUGCAAGCUUGGAAGAUCUUGGAAGAUCUAACCAAUCAUAUUGAUCUUGUUUUAACUGAGGUAGUGAUGCCUUGUUUGUCAGGCAUUGGCCUUUUAUGCAAGAUAAUGUGCCACAAAACUCGCAAGAAUAUUCCAGUGAUUAUGAUGUCAUCUCAUGAUUCUAUGAGUAUAGUCUUCAGGUGUUUGUCCAAGGGUGCAGUUGACUUUUUAGUGAAGCCUAUACGAAAGAAUGAGCUUAAAAAUCUUUGGCAGCAUGUUUGGAGGAAAUGCCACAGCUCUAGUGGUAGUGGAAGCCAAAGUGGUAUACAGACCCAAAAAUCCUCAAAAUCAAAAGGUACUGAUUCAGACAACAAUACUGGAAGAGAUAAGGACGAUGACAAUGGCAGUGUCGGUUUGAAUGUUCAGGAUGGCAGUGACAAUGGAAGUGGCACUCAGAGCUCAUGGACAAAGAGAGCAGUAGAAGUUGACAGCUCCCAGCCAAUAUCACCAUGGCACCAGUUCGCUGAUCCUCCUGAUAGCACUUGUGCCCAGGUUGUCCAUUCUAGACCGGAAGUGUUAGGUGACAGCUGGGUUCCAGUAACAGCUACGAGGGAGUAUGAUAAGCAGGAUAAUGAACUAGAAAAUGUUGUUAUGGGCAAAGACUUGGAGAUAGGGGUACCUAAAAUUACAGCUUUGCAGCUUGAAGACCCAAGUGAAGAGGUACUGACCAACAUAGCUGGUGCUAAUAAAGACAAAUUAUCUGCAAUAAACCCUAAGAAAGAUGAUGAGAAACUAGAGAAAGCGCAAUUGGAACUUAACAGUGAGAAAUCAGGUGGUGAUUUGAGAAACCAAGCUGCUGACCUGAUAGGUGUCAUCACCAAUAAUACUGAACCUCAAAUAGAAAGCACAGUCUUUGACAUCCCCAAUGGCCUCCCUAAGGUCUCUGAUACAAAGGAUAAGGUGAACUACGACAUGAAGGAAAUGCCUUUUCUUGAGCUCAGUUUAAAGAGACUGAGAGAUGUAGGAGACACUGGAACAAGUGCCCAUGAACGAAAUGUAUUGAGACAUUCAGACCUUUCAGCCUUCUCAAGAUACAAUUCUGGUUCAACUGCUAAUCAGGCUUCAACAGGAAAUGUUGGUAGUUGUUCUCCACUUGAUAAUAGCUCGGAGGCAGCUAAAACAGAUUCUAUGAAGAAUUUUCAGUCUACCUCAAAUAGCAUGCCUCCAAAGCAACAGUCCAAUGGAAGUAGUAACAAUAAUGACAUGGGUUCCACCACUAAUAAUGCCUUCAGCAAACCAGCGGUACUCAGUGACAAGCCAGCACCUAAAACUUCAGCUAAAUCUUUUCAUCCCUCUUCGGCCUUCCAACCAGUGCAGAGUGGCUGUGGUUCUUCCCCGCAACCUGUAGCACAAGGUAAGGGUGAUGCUGCACUAGGUAGCAUGAUUUUAGUUAAAGGAAGGGGCACAGACCAACAGGUGAAAGUGCGGCAUCACUAUCAUCAUUAUCACCACCACCACCAUCACCAUGUCCAUAACAUGCCCCAGAAUCAAAGGUUAGGUAACCAUGAUGAUUUAUCUUUGGAAAAUAUGGCAGUAGCAGCACCGCAGUGUGGGUCAUCCAAUCUGUCAAGUUUACCACAUGUUGAAGGCAAUGCUGCUAACCACAGUUUGACUAGAAGUGCAUCAGGAAGUAACCAUGGAAGCAAUGGACAGAAAGAGAGCAGCACUGUGUUAAAUAGCAGAGGAAUGAAUCUUGAAAGUGAAAAUGGGGUGCCUGGGAAAGGUGGAGCUGGUGGUGGAAUUGGAUCUGGAGGCAGGAAUGGAAUUGAUCAAAACCGUUUUGCUCAAAGAGAAGCUGCUUUGAACAAAUUCCGCCAGAAAAGAAAAGAAAGAUGCUUUGAGAAGAAGGUUCGAUAUCAGAGCAGAAAGAAACUGGCUGAGCAGAGACCACGCGUUCGAGGACAGUUUGUGCGACAGGUCCAUGAAAAUAAAAACAGGGACACAAACUGCUAACAUACAACCCUCGUCCCUUAGUGUGUGCAAAAUUUUGCAUAUCAGAUUAGCACUACGGAGAAGGAAGCAUUCAGAUUUCAUGGUGCAGGAUUGUGCACAUAGGGAUACAAGAUUAUGUACUCUUGAUCAAAGACCAUAUUCAUUAUGAGGACUCUCAAGUCUUCUUGAAAUUGUACUUUACUAAUCUGACCUAUGUGGCUCUCGCUGAAACUAUUACUACUACCUUGCAGAAGGUAACAGCCCUUAAAAGGGUAGCCCUCUGCUAUAGUACCAUCCGUUAUGGUGUGCUGUUGUUUGUUAAAACUAGCAUGCACGAAGUGGGUAUUUAAAACUGUUCUCUUGUGAGCUUCA